UAAUUUAAUGGGCAUUGAUCCAUUAAUUUUGAGCUAUUUCACAAACACUAGGUACUCUUUGCACAUUUGAACGUGGAUCUACUUCCAGCUGCAUAUUUGAACUACGAAGAUGUCCAAUCGGUCAGGUUAUGAGAUUUUGUCUGUUCGGGGAAACACUUGAGGAAUAUGUGCAUUUUUCAUCCUUCCUUUAUAAAGCAAAUAAAUAAUUCAAUCGUUAGAUGUUUGCUUUAUCAAAUGUUGUGUAAUAUAUAUAGGUGUUAAAAGAAGAUUUAAUUUGAUCUCCCCUCGAUGAGUUCCAACUGAAACGUGAAAGCUGAAGGAUUGUCAGUAUAAUAUUAAUACCUAUUCUUGUGAAAAUUCUUACCAGGUAAAUGAAAGGAAUAUAUUCAAAUGCAGGACUCCAUAAUGUUUUUGAAAUAUUGAUGGUUAAGCUAAAACAAAGAAACAUCUCGAGAAGGAAAAGCAAUCUUUUCUGGACGAAAUUUCCGUCUUAUUGAAUUGGUUUCUAAGUUUUGUUUGUUUAGAGAUUAAAUUUCUUUGUCGGUUUAUAAAUUUUCUACAUAAUUAAAGGCCGUUUCAAGUAGAAGCACCACUUUUUACGCAGAGACAAUGCUGCAAUGGAUGGGAGGAUCGAGGAGAAAAGUGGCAACUUCAAGAAAGUCAACACAGAAGAGGCAAAAGCAAUAUUUCGAACAAAGGAAACGACAACAACAGCAGACCGUUGGAUUUGACAACUCUGUUUAUCAUAAACAACAUAGGUCCCUUGACGUCCUCAGUUUGCUCAACUUGUCAACAUCUUCUCAACAACGCAACUCUGUUUGUCAUAAUGGAAGGCAAGAGUUAGAGGUCAAUGCUUCAUCAGAAAUCUUAACUAACACAGCAACUGCUGAAGAUUUUGUCGAAGUUAAGGAACGAGGAACUCAUUUACACUAUCAGAUGGAGACUGUGUACCCGAAGAAUGCUUCAUGUAACACUUCUGAUUAUCGUAGCAAUACUUCUACUGGUGACAAUUGUAAAACAGACCUGUGGAACACAACUUCUGAUCAUCAGAUAUCUGUUUUUGAUUUGCUCGCUGAUGAUGGACCGAGUGGCAGAAUGGAAGGAAGUCCCGUACAUGAGACUUAUGUUUCAUUUUCGGUUGAAGGUUUGGGUAAAGUGGGGACACAAACUCCUGUCCAUUCACCACAACCUGAAAGGAUCUUUCAGUAUAGGUGCUCAUCUCCAUGGAAGGCUGGAAGGAAACUUAAGUCAAAGAACUUAGAUUAUGUGCUGGAUGAUCUUGAACUUGACGUGGAUGUGAUGAUGGAAGAUCUAAAUGUGCCUCCUGGUGGAAGCUAUUCAGAGUUUUCAAUAGGAAUAACAAAUUCUUGUAGCAAUCAGGCCCAGAAAUACUCAGUAAUCAAUGAAUGUACCCGGUUUGAUGACCAAAUUAGUCAAAUGAAAAGCCCUUUCGAUGAUUCCAAAAUCUUCUGCGACAUUUUUAACAACAAUGACAAUCUAUGGGAUGUUUGGUCUACCGUCCUUGACAAAGACUUUCUUAGUGAGAAGAAACACGAGAUAUCUGGAAACAUUGGCCCCUGUCAAACAGAAAGAAUUGAUUUUUUGGAUUAUGGAAAUGAUGAGAUGUCAAAUUAUGUUUUUCAAGGACCUCACUCUCAGAAGAAUAGGGAUUAUGUGGAAGUAACAGGCACAUACAAUAUCCUAGAUUCACCUUUUCAGAAGCAUCAAAUAUCAGGAAAUAAUGAUGUUAUUAUAACAUCCAAGAGGACAAGGUAUCCUGCAGACAGAGUGAAUCUUGAUUUAAAGAAAAUAAUUAGUCAACAAGAUUGGUCUUACUCUGAAGAUGCUAGGGAUAACUUGAGUUUGGUCAGUGAAGAGUCAUGCUCAUCCAGUGCAGUAAGGGGCCGGGCAACCGAUAGAUCACCACCAAAUUCUACGGUGAGAGAAUGCAGAAGGCAAAAGAAUGCUUUUGGAACCCAUUUCGAUAUAUGUGAUUUGAAGAAUAUUUAUGCCAAAGAAUCACAGCCUCAAAACAAGGUUGAUAUUCUGGAGGAAACUUCCAUUCGAGGAUCAGGACAUCGCACAAGGAUGCCUAUGCCUACUCCAAAAUCAAAACAGUGCCAUCAGCCUAAUUCCUUUCUUCUUGAUAAAUCUGAUCCUCAGGGAAGUUGGUUAUUUGAGCAAGGAUGUACUUCUGUUGAUGCAAUCUCUGGUGUCACUACUUGUCAAACAUCAGACACAAAAGUUCCAGCCUUAAGAUCCAAACCAGAGAUUGUGGAUCUAUCUGGUGGAUUUUGCGUUCAUGAAUCAUAUAUUGAUGCAAAGUUAUCUUCUGGGGAAUCCAGAUGGGGUGAAUCAAUUAAUUGUUCACCUUUUGGAAGUUUUAUUUCUGAAAAGUUAACAUGUUGCAAGCCAUUUAGUACCAUGGACUGUCAGGGUUCCACUAUAUGCUCAAAGGUUGAACUUGGACCAACCAAACCAAAUUUAUCAUUAAAUUCUGAGCCAAGAGAGAUGCCACCAGAGUCAUUUCCUGUUGCCAGUUCUGAUAGAGAGGUACUGUUUCUUGAUUUGUUAGUCCCUGAAAAUGUUAGCAAAUAUGAGGAAAAUAGAUCAAAAUCUCGGCCAGCCAAUGCCAAUCACAAAAAGCUUGAGGCUGGUAAACAGAUUUGCAGUAAUGAAGCAGAAGAUAGAACUUUGGAGCUAAAGGAGUCUCCAGUAACAGAAAACUCUGUUGAGCACUCUGAGGAGACAUCAUCAUCUGUGAAGAUUGCAGACAGUUGAAGGCAGUUUAGAUCCUAACAAAUGAUUCUCGAACCAAAGAAAGAAAGCAAGCAAGCAGAAGGCAAUAAAAUUGAGUCAUCCAGGCCAGUGCUGAUGCUUGAAAGCUGUGUUGUCCAGCUUCUUUGUGUGCAGAUGGUAGGGAAGGAUGUACCUCGGCAGGACACUCUGAAGUAUGUAUAAUUCCUUUCCCAAAUUGAGUAAAACAUUUUAAGUCUUGAACUUCAUGAAUUCAAAUGACAAAUGCAAAUUCGUUUAGAAAAAACAACCCAAUUUGUAAUAUAUCAAGUGGCCUUUAGAACCUACAGUUGAGCAAAUGUGUAGUUUUUAAUGCUGAACAUUCUCUGUUAAGACCUGCAAAUGCAUAAAUUUCUUAUGAUGCAUAUACAGUAUAAAAGCAAGAUAAAGAGAAGAAAGAUAUUGCAAACAAUGACAAAA